UUUCGAGCCCAGUGGGCGGUGGCUCAACGACUUAACGUUUACCUGGCUCCGAGAUAGAAAGAAACAGGGAGUGAGAGUCCGACACUGAACGAACCCUCUAGCAAUGGCGACGGUUGCAGAGUCAUCGGAACCGAACCCAACACCACCACAACCACCGCGCAGCGACGAUCCUAUAGGCAAACACAGCAUGAUGAAAACCCUUGGCGAAACGACGCCGUGGAUCGAGUACGCAGUCCAACAAGCCCAGCUCGUCCAAGAGACCGUCGAGUCCACAAUCGAAGCCUCCAAGUCCCGCCUCUCCCAAAUCAUGUCCACUUCCUCUACCCAUUUCCACCAGACCAUCGAUUCUUUGGAAGAUCUCAAGUCUAAGUAUGCUGCUUAUGAGGAUAUGGUAUUUGGACAGAUUAAAGAUUUGUGUGCAAAAGGAGUUGUUACUGUGACUUCACAUCCGUUGAUUACUACUGGUGGGGUUGCCGCUGGUUUGGGAUUUAUGGUACUGAAAGGGCCACGGCGUGUCUUGUACUAUAAAUUCUUGCACCUUUUUGAGAGUGAAGAGACCUUACUUCUCAAAGCUAAUCGGCAGGUAGAGGGGUUGCGGAGAUCACUUAAUGACCUAAAAGAUAAAAGUGAAAAGUUAGAGAAGAGCACAUUACACGCAGAAGAGAUAUUGAUACGUGGAAGGACAAAACUCAGAGGAGCAGGGAAACAGAUUCAAGGUGUAAUCCGCUCAGCUUAUAAGAUCGAAAGACAAGCAGGAGGAUUAAAAGAUAUUAUUGGAGAACUUCCUAGAGCAUCUCAAUUUCAGUCACAGGUUUCUAACCUUGCUUCUGAGGCAAAGCGAGAAAGGAAUGCUUUGACCAAGGAGAUCACAAAAAUCAGUAAUUAUGGAAUCUCGGUUUGAGACUUCUCCUGCUGACAUUCUUUUGUUGCAUGUACUUUUGAAGGUUCUACACAUUGAAUCGCCUUUAUCUAACAUGUGAGAGAGGAAACUUUAUUCUGUCAGAAAUAAAUGCAAUCUGUGGAACAUUUUUUCUUUUUCUUUUUGAGUUUUGGGAAGGGGAAGGUUUCUUGCUUACAGAGGCAAGUACGUUUUGAAGAGGAGAUACAUGUCCUGCAUUCAAAUUUAUGGUGUUCGGCAACAGCCAACAGAGCUCCAAAAAUCCAUGCUUUUUUAUUAUACAAGUUUUAUCAUUGCUUAUUUCUUUACCCUACUCUGUAUCCAUUUGUUCAAUAUAUCAUGUCCAAUUAAAGUUUGGGGUUAUGACGAA